GGAAGUAUGAUCAACUUUUUCCACCAUCCUGCCUUAACACGGAAUUUUUCACAUCACAGUGUUCCAUUUCGUUAACCGCGGUGUACAAGUGUGUAAAUACCACGUCCGACAAAACAAAGUGUGCCUCACGUCUAGUUUUAACCCGCGCGCGCCCCUCAUGAAAACCAGGCUGGUUUCCUGCUCUGUCGUAAACACGGUGCACUGUCCCUUUAAAGGAAGGGGCCGCGCAGUUAGAGCCACUGAAAGCUUUUUACAGCCUCUGACAGACAGACUCCAUUCAUAAAUAAGACAUCGUGUGGAAAGGACGCUCAUCUACUUGAAUCAGAUUGUUCACUCUGUGGACCGGAUGCCAGGGCCGAGCAGGAGCCGGACAUGUUCACCUCGGUCGGGGGCUGUGGAUCGGGGGCACGGCUGAGAGAGCAGAAGUGACUUCCCAUGGCUGACCCCCCUGCUAAUGGUUUUGACUUUACAUGCGAACCAUCAGGAGGCAGCUUUUUCCAUCUCAAAGCGUCGGAGCAGACCAUAAAAUGUUCGUUUCUUCGCUGGCUUCGGUGUUUUCCACGUUCUUCCGCUUAACAAGACUCAUUCUGCUUUAAUAAACAACCUUCCGCCUGCAUCAUCAUCCUCAUCAUCAUCAUCAUCAUCAUCAUCACCCUUCUUCAGAUCUUCCACUAAAUGAUCGCACAUCAGCUGAGCAGUAGAAGACCUGACAUACCGAUGGAGCAGUGAGUUAUGGCAGCUAAAGAGGACCUCUAUGCCAAAGUGACCCCGCGGAGACAGCGCCAGACCCGGCCAGGCACCAUCAAACAUGGGUCCACUCUGGAUGUGCUGCUGUCCAUGGGCUUCCCCAAGACCAGGGCUUUAAAAGCUCUGGUUUCAACAGGAGGCAAAAACGUUCAAGCAGCUUGUGACUGGCUCUUCUCACAUGUCGAUGACCCUUUCCUGGAUGACCCUCUGCCCAGAGAGUAUGUGUUGUACCUACGACCCAGUGGACCGCUGUUGCAGCAGCUCACACACUUCUGGCAGCAAUCCCGCCUCGCCUGUGGCAAGAAUAAGGCGCACAACAUCUUCCCCCACAUCACCCUCUGUCAGUUCUUCAUGUGUGCUGAUGGGAAGGUGGAUGCUCUGUGUGAAGCUCUCCAGACCACUGUAACCAAGUGGAAGGGACGCAUACCCAUGCCUCUACCCCUGGAGCUCUACACCUCCUCGACAUUUAUUGGCCUUUUUGUGGAGGAGCAGUUGGCAGAGGUGCUGAAAACUUUCGCCGCUGAUUUUGCCACAGAAGCGGCAGCUAAAGCAGAUGUUCAUGUUGAGCCCCAUAAGAAACAACUCCACGUCACUUUGGCGUACCACUUCCAAGCCAAUCACCUUCCAAUUCUGGAGAAGUUGGCCAAAAACGUUGAUGCAUCUUCAGGCUGUGACUGGUUAGCCGUGCUGUUCUCACGGGAUAUUCGGUUUGCAAACCAUGAGACGCUCCAGGUUAUGUACCCGUAUGUGCCUCAGAAUGAUGAUGAACUUGAGCUGGUACCAGGAGACUUCAUCUUCAUGUCUCCAGUGGAGCAGAGCAGUGCCAGUGAGGGCUGGGUGUAUGGCACUUCACUGGGCACCGGGCUGUCUGGUCUGCUGCCUGAAAACUAUGUCAACCGUGCUGAUGAGUCUGACACCUGGGUCGUCCAUGGGUCUCACUCCAUCCUAAACUGUGCCUCUCCGUUGACGUCUGGCAGCACUGUGGGAGGAUUAUUAUUUGAUGGACAUCUGAAUGAAAGUCUCCUCGACAGCCUCAUUGACUCCCCCAGCCUCCCUGGCCUCUGUCCACCAAUGCAGGUGUCGAGGUCUACCUCCCAGUCCUCCUCGUCUAAGAUGAGGCUGUUUGUGUGUCGCCACGGGGAGAGGAUGGAUGUGGUUUUUGGGAAACACUGGAUCACUCAGUGUUUUGAUUCCAAAGGCCGAUACGUUCGCUCUAACCUCAACAUGCCAUCCAGUUUACCAGCCAGAAGUGGAGGUCACAGAGACUAUGACAAAGAUUGUCCAAUAACUGUGUUUGGUUCCACACAGGCCCGUCUUGUAGGUGAAGCCCUGUUGGAGAGCCACACAACCGUAGACUUUGUUUACUGCUCCCCUUCUCUUCGCUGCAUCCAGACUGCCCAGAACAUUCUGCAGGGUCUCCAGCUAGAGGGAAAGCUAAAAAUCCGUGUGGAGCCUGGGUUAUUUGAGUGGACUAAGUGGGUUUCAGGCACAUGUUUACCCACCUGGAUCCCCCCGGCUGAGCUCACUGCUGCUAAUCUGAGUGUGGACACAACAUACAGACCUCAUAUUCCUGUAAGUAAGUUGGCAGUGUCAGAGUCCUACGACACCUACAUGGGUAGAAGCUUCCAAGCGACCCGAGAGAUUCUGGCAGAGUGCAAAAACCAGGGAAAUACGGUCCUGAUCGUGGCCCAUGCUUCCUCCCUGGAGGCCUGCACUCGUCAGAUACAAGGUCUAAGCCCCCAAAACUCCAAAGACUUUGUCCAAGUUGUUCGGAAGAUUCCUUACUUGGGUUUUUGCGCUUGUGAAGAAAUGGGAGAGACUGGGGUGUGGCAGCUGGUCGACCCCCCCCAUUCUGCCUCUUACACAUGGGCCUAAUCACAGUUUCAACUGGAGGGAAAUGCUAAUGCAAGACUGAAGACUGAUAUAUUGUUCGGCUCUCUAGCUUUUGGUAGCUCUGAACUGCUUAAAAACAUAUUUAUUUUUAACACACACUGCUAGAGACCAAUCCCAGCUACCAAAAAACAAAACAAGUCUAGCUUCCAUCAAAGACUCUGCAACUGAGGCUAAUGUAUUUAGACGCUCUGCUCAGGAAUGAAAAAGUACAGCAUGUGUGGAGGUCGUAGCAAAGAUGAGCUCCAGACUUGGCACCCUGGAUACCCUCUGUGUUCAAGUUCUUGACCUAAUAUGUGGUGGUGCUUCAAGAAAUCUGGGUAGUUCUUGAUAGUUGCUGAUAAUAAAUGAAGUUUUAUGAAGAAGGUUUGAUUUAAAUUCUGCCAUAGCCUCCUCUUGUGGCAGGUGGAGGUCAAGAAGACUUCUCCUGCCUACUCACACACUGUGACAUGAAGAAGAUGAAAGACUCAUAACACAGAAAUAUUUUUUCAUGUGUUUGGAAUUAAUAUUUGACUUGUAGCCACAGCCCUCCUGGGAAACAGCACAAAAGAAAUUUUGACAAUCAGACAGAGAACUGAUGUUCAUUGUUUCUGGUGCUGAGGUGGGUAGUUUGUUCCUGUUAUUUUCCUAUUAAGGUCAUAUCAUUAUAAUUAAGUGAUUCCUCUUUGUUAACAUUUGGUCUAUGGGCCCACGUAAGUUGUUGAAAUUACCAGUAAGGGUAGGUGGAAAUGCAGUUUUGGCAAAAAAAAAAAAAAAAAAAGAAAGAAAGAAAGACCAAGAACAACGAUCAGUGAAACACAAACUGCUCUUUGGUUGUCAUUUUUGUCCAGAUGCAUUGUUUGAAAUGUUUUAUGUAGGUUUCUCACAUGCUGUAAGCCUGAUAACCACACUGCUUUUUGGAUACUGGAUGCAUUUUAUUUUUGGUUAUGUCAGAUGGUUUAAGUGCGUAUUCACACUUAUUGUUGUAUGACAGAAAAUAUGAGUAAUACUGUCAAAAAUGAAUAAAGCAAAGAUGUGGAGGUAAUGUAGACCUAUACAUAUCAGCUUGUGCUAUCUAUUCUGUAAACAGUUGAUACUAAAGAAGGUUCUUUAUUUUAUUAACCAUUGGAAAGGUUGCUUUCUAAUCUGCUUUGGCAGGAAAUAAACAGGAGGGGGUGCUGCAUUGCACAGCAA